AUGGCGGCAGCACAAGACAAGUCCCAACCGGUGUCUACACCACAGUCACAGAGAGCUAUGAGUGAUGAGAAGAAUGAAGGCUCAGAUAGUGACAUUCGCGAAACUUUGGUCGAAGUCUCAACUGAGAACCAACUUAUUCGCCACCUAGGUAACCGUCAGAUCCAAUUAAUUGCCAUCGGUGGCAGUAUUGGUACCGCUCUCUUCGUGAGUAUAGGAGGUGGCCUUGCCAAGGGUGGACCAGGAAGCCUUCUUAUCGGAUACACUAUCUAUGCUAUUAUGGUUGGUAUGGUGAACAACUCUAUGGCCGAGAUGGUUACCUACAUGCCUGUAUCUGGAUCUUUUAUUCGAAUGGCUGGCAGAUGGGUCGAUGAGGCUUUAGGAUUCAUGGCAGGAUGGAAUUUCUUCCUCUAUGAAGCCUGUCUUAUUCCCUUCGAGAUAUCUGCUAUCAACUUAGUGCUCGGAUAUUGGAGGGACGAUAUCCCCCCGGUAGCUAUAUGUAUAGCAUGCAUUGUACUUUAUGCUGCUAUCAACAUUUUGGCCGUGCAAUAUUUCGGUGAGGCCGAAUUCUGGCUAUCCAGCGGCAAGAUCCUGCUUAUCUGCAUCCUAUACACGUUCACUCUAGUCACGAUGUGUGGGGGUAACCCCAAACACGAUGCUUACGGUUUUCGGUAUUGGUCAAAUCCGGGAUCUUUCGCUGAGUAUAUUCACGAGGGUGCAUUAGGUAGAUUUGAAGGUUUGCUUGGCUCUAUCUUCUCUGCAGGUUUCACUGUCGUUGGACCUGAGUACCUUGCUAUGGUCGCUGGAGAAGCAGAACGCCCGCGGACGUACCUCAAGAAUGGAUUUAAAACCGUCUACUGGCGAUUCGCCGUCUUCUUUAUCGGCGGCGCGCUCUGCGUCGGUAUCGUCCUCCCUUACAACGACCCUGUGCUGAAGAACGCGGAUACGGGAACCGCUAACGGCUCACCCUAUGUCAUUGCAAUGCAGAACCUUGGAGUUGGAAUACUUCCCAACAUCGUCAACGCUCUCAUGAUCACCAGUAUUUUUAGCGCUGGAAAUGCCUACACAUACUGCGCGAUGCGAUCCUUAUACGGCCUUGCAUGCGACGGCCAGGCGCCUAAAAUCUUCAAGAAGACACUUAAGAACGGUAUUCCAGUCUACGCCUUUGCGCUCGUCAUGGUUUUCCCCUUCUUAUCGUUCCUACAACUGUCGAAUAAUACGGCGCAAGUAGUGACGUGGCUUGCUACUCUUACACAGGGCUCACAGAUGAUCAAUUACAUUGUCAUGAGCUUGACGUAUAUCUUUUUCUACAAUGCGACUAAAGCACAGGGUAUUGAUCGCCACACGCUACCGUACUACGGCUAUUUCCAGCCAUACUGUGGUUACAUUGGCUUGGCUUGGAUGAUUAUCAUCGAGGCCACUUUUGGUUACUCGGUAUUCUUACCUGGACACUGGGAUGUCGGCAACUUUUUUGCUUUCUACACAAUGGCUAUUGUGUCUUUUUGCACAUUCUUCGGUUGGAAGAUUUUCCGACGUACGAAAUUCGUCUCUCCCGCGCAGGCCGAUCUCAUCUGGGAGAAGCCGGCCAUCGAUGCUUACGAGGCCUCGCACGUUGAGCCCCCGACCCGAUUCCGCGACGAGCUGAAGGCCAUGUUCCUUGGGAAGAGGAAGAAGGAGAACUACAUGGGUGAAGACCCGAACUAG